UGGAAGGAAGAAGAAGCGCACGGCGCGCUGAGGGUCCGCCGCUGAGGAGAGGCAGUGAUUAACAACACAAACCGAGCAGAGGAUUAAAAGUUGAAACGCUUGUUCUUUCUCUACCUUUUGAAAGGCAGUAAAGACUUUUGUGUGGGUGUUAAAACUUUGGGCAUCGCGGUGCGCGCUGGUGUCCUCAGCAGAGGAACUGAGGGGGUGGUCAGCGUGAAGCUAAAAGGGCGGUCAGUGUGGAGCUGAGGGGGUGGUCAGUGGGGGAUAUUAGUGUGCGCGGCUGAUUGUUUUCCUCAUCUCAGUGGGCUCACACACACAAAGUGAUGGACACCGGGUCUGGUUUGAUUUAUCUGACAGCUACAGUGGUCAUGUUUGCUUCUCCGGUCACUCUUGCGCCGAUGCCUGACCAGUACUAUCGGGGUGUGGAUUGGCUAAGCAGGUAUGGCUACCUCUCUCCACCCGACCCACAUGCGGGAAAACUGCAGACCAAAGAAGGAAUUGAGAAAGCCAUCAGACAGAUGCAGAGAUUCGCAGGACUGACGGAAACAGGGGAACUGGACGCCGACACGCUGAACCUGAUGUCAAAACCAAGAUGCUCACUGCCGGAUAUCGUAGGCACGGAGGACAUGCUGAGAAAGAGGAAGAAGCGAUACGCUCUCUCUGGGCUCCGCUGGGGCAAAAAAGGCCUGACAUGGAGUCUCCUGAAUUACCCCAAGCUACAGUCCACCCUCGAUCCCAGUCUGGUGAAAUACUUAAUGUACCAAGCCCUUAAAGUCUGGAGCGACAACACCAACCUCCAGUUCAGUGAAACUGGCCAGGCUAAUCAGGCUGACAUUAAAAUCAGUUUUGCCCACUCCAUCCAUGACGACGGCUACCCGUUUGAUGGUAAGGGCGGCACGCUCGCUCACGCCUUCUUCCCCGGGGAUGUCGACAUUGCUGGGGACACCCAUUUCGACGAUGAGGAGUCUUGGACCUACCGAGACGACAGAGGCACAGACCUGUUCACUGUGGCUGUCCACGAGUUUGGCCACGCUCUGGGCCUCUCUCACUCCUCCUCGCAUCCCUCCAUCAUGCAGCCAUACUACAGUGGCCCUGUAGGAGAUGAGAACACCUAUAAGCUGCCCAUGGAUGACCUUCAAGCCAUCCAGACCUUAUACGGGGUCAAAGUGAAGAGAGAAACAACGCCCCCUGUUGGUCGGCCCACGCCACGCCGGCCUGAGCGGCCCAAAACUCCUCCACCGAGAGUGACUGCACCGCCUGACCCAGACGCCCAGGCUCGCUGUGAGGGGGGAUUUGAUGCUGUGGCAAACAUCAGAGGAGAAGUGUUCUUUUUUAAAGGGUCAUAUUUCUGGAGAAUGCAGCGAACUGGGUCUCUAGUGUCCUUCUCUCCGGCUCGUAUCACUAACUUCUGGAUGGGGCUGCCGCAUGACACCAACAAGAUCGAUGCUGUUUACGAGAGAAAGACUGAUAACCACAUCAUCUUCUUCAUCGGUUCAAACUACUGGAUAUUCAAGGACACAAGCGUUCUGCCUGGUUACCCCCGGCCCUUGUCUGAGUGGCGCAUGAGGACUCAGAGCGGGAAGCAGGUGGACCAAGUACAGUCGGCGUUUGUUUGGGCUCAUAACGGGAAGACGUAUCUAUUCAGCAGAGGGGAAUUCUGGAGGUUCACCGAAGGUCAGGGAGGCACAGUGCCACAGCCGGAUGCAGAAUACCCAAAAAGUGUCUCACUGUGGAAGGGUGUGCCCAGCGACCCUGAUGAUGUCAUAAGCUGGGGACAAGAAGGAUACACAUAUUUCUUCAAGGGCAACUCCUACUGGGCUCUAAAGAGUGGAGGUCUGGACGAGGGGGUCAUCACUCCCAAAUCAACUGCUGUCGAUUGGAUGCGUUGUCCUGCACCAGCACCUACCCCAUCAUACAAGCCGCGCUCUGGAGGAGGACAGUGCAACUGUGACGUCAACACAGCCCCAACAUUCACUGCACCUUCACGGCUGAUACUCGUCCCGCUUGUUAUACUGUUGCAGUGCGUCGGUCAGCUGAUUUAGUCCAGACUUGACCCUCAGCUGGCUGUUAACACAUUCAGAUUUACACAUACUGUAAUGCAAGACUGUGUUUACAUCAAUACAACAUUUACAAAUAUGAAAACGGACAAAAGUGCAGACAGAAUUAACGCAAGGCAGCUGCUGGUGUUUGUAGCUAUGCAGUGUACAUUAGUCCUUGUUUAUAGAUAUAAGUACAUCAUGCAGUGUCAGAAACCAUGCAAGCAUAUUUAUUAUUAGCUUUUGAGACCGUGAUGAUGUACAGUACUGUGUGAAAGUUUUAGGCAUCUAAGCAAAUUUUUUAACAAUUGACCUCAGCAGUGAG